AUGGAGGACAGGAAGAGACCCCCCAUCAGCACCGCCGAGGACCUCGCUCCUCCGAGCAAGCGACAUCAAUCCGUCAAUGGAAGCAAGUCCAAGGGCGAUAGUGGCGACCACGCCGAGGAACACUGGAUCGAGAAUUACCAAAAGGGCGCCAUUUACCGGCAACUUUUAGAAACAAAAAGGGAAAAGCAAGAGUUUGAGUCACGCGUCGAGCAGUUGCAAAAGAAUAUUGUGUAUCGCGAGGAUCAUAUCCGCAUCAUUGAAGUAUGGUGGAAGCAGGUUCUAGAGGAGAUGGAGCAGCUCGUGGACCCUGCAACACCACCCUCCGGCCCAACAAACCCUCCGUACAUUACCAGCACGCAUUUUAAAGAUAACGACGAGUUCCAAAGGCAUCUUGACGAGACAGCCUCUGAUAUUAAGAAGCGAGCCGAAGCUGUGCUCAAUCGCAUCGCAAAUGCCAGGGGAGAAAUUACCCCAAACAUUGCUGACCUGGAGACUCGGGUCAACAGCCUGCUUGCGCAGCAAAAGGAAUAUCUGGUCAAGUUGGACCGUGCACAGCAAGAGAAUGAGCAGCUAUCGGAAGACCUCAACAAGGCCAGCCUUCGCUUUUUCAAGGCCGAAAAGCGCAUGGACAGAUUAAAGAGCGCGCAGGUCCAGAAGCUCGAGCAGCAAUUCAUAGCCAGCGCCAAGCCGACAAUCGCAACAGGGGAGAACGGACAGGAUGCCGCCGAGGCAAACGGUAACGCUGCCGAGGCACUGCUCAAGUUUGAGGAGGCGUCGGCGGUCGUCAACAAGCAGAAGGAGCAGCUGGAAUCUGCGCAAGCCGAUAUCAAGACCCUACAGGAGGAGAACUCGGCGCUAAAGGCACGACGCGAAGGCCUCACCGACGAAGAUUUCAUCCGGACCGACGUGUUCAAGCAGUUCAAGAACCAGAACGAAGACUUGAUCAAGCGCGUCAACCACCUAGAGGCCACAAACAAGCAGUUGCGAGAAGAGGCCGAAAAGCUGCACUCGGAGCGGACGGCCUUCCGGACCAAGCUCCACGACGAGGCGCAGACGAUAACAUCGGACCUGGAGCGCCAAGUCGAGGAGCGCGACGCAGACCUCACACGAAUCCGCGCCGCCCGGGACGAGUGGUACGCCAAGGCCAACAUGCUGGAAACCCGAGAAAAGGAGGAGAAGCAGGCGCUGCAGCACCUCAAGGAGCUCACGGGUGCCCAGGAGGACCGAAUUGCAUCUUUGGAAUUGGAGCUGCAGCGUCUGAAGCCCGAAGACCAGCCGAUGGCGGAUCCCGACCCCGUACUGGAGAGCAUGCCUGCGGAUGAACUUAUUUUAAAGUACAAGAAGCUGCAGCAAGAUUUCGAGUCGAUUAACAAGGAGUUGCCCGCUCUCCAACAGGCGUACAAGCGAUCGAUGGGUCUCGCACAAAAGAAGGUGAUGGAGUACACGGUUCUCGAGGACCGGGCAGCGGCCGCACUCGCCGAGAAGCAAAAGGUCGACCAAAAGUACUUUGCAGUGAAGAAGGAUGCGGACAUGAGAGACCGCGAACUUGGUGUGCUCCGAAGCCAGAACCGCAAGAGUUCCGAGAUUGUUGCGCAGCUCAAGGAGGUGGAGGCGCAAAACCGGAUACUGAUUAGCAACCUGGAGAAGCAGCUCUCGGACCUGAAGCAGGCCAACGCCGCAAUGGCUGCAGAGCACAAGAAGAUGGAAUCGAGCAGUUCUGACGCGGCGCGCCGAGUCGAUUCCUACAAGAACCAGAUUGGCGAGUUGACCACCUUGGUCAAGUCGCGCGACGCCGCCAUGGCUGCGGCCAGGGAGCGCACCACAACCCAAGAGGCGGACGUUGAGCGCCUCAAAGUCCGCGCCGACAUGAUGCAAAAGGAAAAGGACGAAUGGAAACGCAAGGCGUUGAGCAACUCGUCGGAAGAAGAAGAGAUGCUCAGAACCUUUGCACUCUGCACAGUGUGUCGCAACAACUUCAAAGAUACGGCCUUGAAGACGUGCGGGCAUCUUUUCUGUCACCAGUGUGUAGACGACCGGAUCAGCAACCGAAUGCGCAAGUGCCCCAACUGCUCGAGGGCCUUUGACCGGCUGGACGUCAUGUCUGUUCACCACUAG